GUCUGUAUAUUGAAAUAUCAAAACCAAUCAAUCAUCAUACACAAUGGCUAUCACCCGUUCCUCCGCCAAUGAGCUCGGAAAUACCACUGAGGGUUUUCUCGAAAUCCGAGAAAAUACUUCCGGUGGAUGGAAAUCCGCGAGGCUCAUCAUCGCUGUAGAAAUGGCGGAGCGAUUUGCUUACUUUGGCAUAGCGUCAAACCUAAUAAUGUACUUGACGGGACCAUUAGGUGAGUCAACAGCUGCCGCGGCAGCGAAUGUCAAUGCUUGGGUUGGAACAGUGUCGUUUCUGCCGCUUCUUGGGGGCUUUGUCGCUGACUCGUUUCUCGGUCGUUUUCAUACUAUCGUCAUCUCAUCUUCUCUCUAUAUCUUGGGACUUGGGUUGCUGUCCUUUUCAACCAUGAUUCCUUCUCACCGCAAAGAUUCGAAUCAGCUUCAAGUGACUCUCUUCUUCUGCUCUCUGUAUCUUGUAGCAAUAGGACAAGGCGGUUACAAACCGUGUAUUAAGGUAUUUGGAGCCGAUCAAUUCGAUGGAAAUGAUCUAAAAGAGGGAAAAGACAAGAGUUGUUUCUUCAACUGGUUGAUGUUUGGAAACUGUAUUAGCAUCUUGACGACUCGUUUGGUCUCUACCUACAUUCAAGAGAACCUAAGCUGGUCACUAGGGUUUGGUAUUCCAAGUGUUUCCAUGUUGCUUGCUCUGUUUCUGUUCCUCCUAGGAACUAACUCUUACCGUUUUAGUACUGAGAGAGAAGGAAAGAAAAACCCUUUUGCGAGAAUCAGUCGUGUUUUCAUGGAGGCUUUUAAGAACCGAAGACAAACCGAUUUAGAUAUAGCUAACGCGAACGAGACUCUCCUUCUCCUGGCUCACCAGAGUUCCAAACAGUUCAGAUUCCUAGACAGGGCAGCGAUUUCAUGUGAAUUGGCUGAAAUUGAAGAAGCAAAGGCGGUUCUUAGGCUUAUUCCCAUAUGGAUAACUUGCGUAGUAUACACCAUUGUACAUGCACAAGCCCCUACUUUCUUUACAAAGCAAGGAGCCACAAUGGACAGGUCAAUCUCACCAGGACUCUUAGUCCCUGCAGCUACACUUCAAAGUUUCAUAAACCUCUCAAUAGUCAUUUUCAUCCCAAUCUACGACCGUUUUCUCGUCCCAUUUGCAAGAUCCUUUACUCAAAAACCAUCAGGAAUCACAAUGCUACAAAGGAUUGGUACAGGAAUUUUCCUCUCCAUUCUUGCUAUGGUAGUAGCCGCCUUGGUCGAGACCAAAAGGCUCCAAACCGCUCGGGAUGACCUCACCAUACCGAUGAGCGUGUGGUGGCUGGUUCCGCAGUAUGUUAUCUUUGGAGUCUCAGAUGUGUUCACAAUGGUGGGUUUACAAGAGUUCUUCUACGACCAAGUCCCUAGUGAGCUUAGGAGCAUUGGUAUGGCUCUGAACCUAAGCAUAUACGGGGCGGGAAACUUCCUAAGCAGCUUCAUGAUAUCAGUCAUUGAUAAAGUCACAAGCCAGUCUGGUCAAACGAGCUGGUUCAAUAAUGACUUGAACCAAGCUCAUCUAGAUUACUUCUACUGGCUACUAGCUUGUCUCAGCUUCAUUGGUUUCGCCUCCUACUUGUGACAAAAGCCAAUGGCGAUCACCUGCGAUGAGCUAGAAGGUACUCUUCCUCUGAGAACUACUGAGAGUUCCAUGGACAAGCCAACCCUCAGAUUAUCCUCUGGAGGAUGGAAAUCGGCCAGGCUAAUCAUUGGUGUCGAAAUGGCGGAACAGUUCGCCUUUUACGGGAUUUCCUCGAACUUGAUAACGUAUCUGACCGGACCAUUGGGUGAGUCAACAGCUGCAGCUGCGGCUAAUGUCAACGCAUGGACUGGAACGGUCUCGUUUCUGCCCCUUCUAAGGGGCUUUAUCGCUGACUCGUUUCUUGGACGUUUCCGUACAAUCGUGAUCGCGUCUUCUCUCUAUAUCUUGGGACUUGGGUUGCUGUCUUUUUCAGCCACGGCUCCUUCUAACUCUAAAGAUCCAUAUCAACUCCAAGUGAUUCUCUUCUUCUGCUCUCUGUAUCUUAUAGCAAUAGGACAAGGCGGUUACAAACCGUGUAUUAAGGUAUUUGGAGCUGAUCAAUUCGAUGGAAAUGAUCUAAAAGAGGAAAAAGGCAAGAGUUCUUUCUUUAACUGGUUGAUGUUUGGAAGUUGUGUUAGCAUAUUGACCACUCGAUUGGUCUCUAGCUACAUUCAAGAAUACCUAAGUUGGUCCUUAGGAUUUGGUAUUCCAAGUGUUUCCAUGCUACUUGCUCUGCUUCUCUUCCUUCUUGGCACUAAGACUUACCGUUUUAGUACUGCAAGAGGAGGAAAGAAAAACCCUUUUGCUAGAAUCAGUCGUGUUUUCGUGGAGGCCGUAAAGAACAGAAGACAACAAGAUUUAGAAUUAUAUAAUCCGAACGAAGCCCUCCUUCUCCUCGCUGACCAGAGUUCCAAGCAAUUCAGAUUCCUAGACAAGGCAGCGAUUUCGUGUAGUUUUGCUGAAAUUGAAGAAGCAAAAGCGGUGCUUAAGCUUGUUCCCAUAUGGCUGACUUGUUUAGUCUACGCUAUUGUAUGUGCACAAUCCCAUACUUUCUUCACAAAGCAAGGAGACAAAAUGGACAGGUCAAUCUCACCAGGACUCUUAGUCCCUGCGGCUACACUCCAAUGUUUCAUAAGCCUUACAAUGGUCAUUUUCAUCCCAAUCUACGACCGUCUCCUCGUCCCAGUCGCAAGAUCUUUCACUCAUAACCCUUCAGGAAUCACAAUGCUACAAAGGAUUGGCAUAGGGAUUUUUCUCUCCAUUCUUGCUAUGGUAGUAGCCGCCUUGGUCGAGAACAAAAGGCUCCAAACCGCUCAUGAUGAUGUCACAAUACUUAUGAGCGUGUGGUGGUUGGUUCCACAGUACGUUCUUUAUGGAGUCUCAGACGUGUUCAUGGUGGGUUUGCAAGAGUUCUUCUACGACCAAGUCCCUAGUGAGCUUAGGAGUGUUGGUAUGGCUCUGAAUCUAAGCAUAUACGGGGUCGGAAACUUUCUAAGCAGCUUCAUGAUAUCAAUCAUUGAUAAAAUCACGAGCCAGUCUGGUCAAACGAGCUGGUUCGAUAAUGACUUAAACCAAGCUCAUCUAGAUUAUUUCUACUGGCUACUCGCUUGCCUCAGCUCCAUUGGUUUAGCCUCCUACUGGUGGUUCGCCAAGUCGUAUGUUUACAAUAGACCAAACACCUUCUAAAAACAUUGUGUCUUCUUAAGUGAAUUAGGCUUUUUCCAUUUCUGAUAUGGGCCUCAUGACAAGCCAAGUCGGCAUUUGCAUGUUUUC